CGUAAGUUACGAUAGCCCAGCGCGUGUUUUUUGAGUCUCAGGAAACCUCAACUGGGAACAUUGUGAUCUCAACCAAAAGAUGGUCAACAGAGGAACCCACCAGGCACGCCACUGGCUCAACUCAACCACCCGACGCACCACCACCACCAUCAAUCCCCAGUCCCACCACCCGCGCCGACCCUUCACCCACCGCCCGCCGAGCCAGGACAAGCAGCAGAGCAGCGAACCCCUCAGCCCGGCCUACCCCACACUCUCCACCUCCGCCUUCCUCUGCCACCAACCGGAAGAUGUCGAGCGUAUCCGCGGUCUGACGAGGAGCCAUGCGGGCCAGCAUCCCUCGGCCAACCAACCCCCGCCGCCGCCGCCGGUCAAGCUCAAUAUGUUCCAGGCUAUCAGGGACGCCCUGGCGAUCACCCUCCAGAAAGACGAUAGUGCCGUCCUCUUCGGCGAAGACGUCGCUUUCGGCGGCGUGUUCAGAUGUUCGUUGGGCCUUUCAGAAGAGUACGGCCCGGAUCGAGUGUUCAAUACUCCCCUAACUGAACAAGGAAUCGCAGGCUUCGGGAUCGGGAUGGCCACGAUGGGCCAUACCGCAAUAGCCGAGAUCCAAUUCGGAGACUACAUCUUUCCAGCCUUCGAUCAAUUAGUCAACGAAGCAGCCAAGCUUCGAUACAGGAGUGGCGGCAAAUAUAACUGUGGCAAGCUCACGGUCAGGACUCCCGUGAUGGCCGUCGGACAUGGCGGGUUGUACCAUUCGCAAAGCCCCGAAGGAUAUUUCCAACAAGCCUCAGGAUUGAAAGUGGUCAUACCGAGGUCACCGAGCCAAGCCAAAGGCUUACUACUAGCCUCGAUCCGGGAGCCGAAUCCGGUGAUCUUCAUGGAGCCGAAGGUGCUCUACCGCUCGUCAGUGGAAUGGGUUCCGGGGGGAGAGUAUGAGCUGGCAUUAGACCGAGCGGAGGUGGUGAGUGCGGGGCAGGACCUGACGGUGGUGAGCUACGGGACGGCAUUCUACGUCUGCGAGCUCGCCCUGGCUAUGCUCAGGAACCCUCCCCCAGAGAUCGCUCACCUCGUCCCCCAAAGCCUCAGGAACCUCUCCGUCGAACUCAUCGACCUCAGAACCGUCGUCCCCUUCGACUACCCCACCGUCGUCCAAAGCGUCCGUAAAACUGGAAGGGCUGUCGUCGUUCAUGAGGCCCCCCUCAACGGCGGCGUCGGCGCUGAACUCGCGGCUAGGAUCCAGGAACAUUGCUUCACUAGACUCGAGGCACCGGUCAAGAGAGUAUGCGGUUGGGACACACCGUUCCCAUUAGUUUUCGAAAAGUUCUACUUACCAGAUCAGAUCCGGAUCCUUGAUGCGAUCGUCGAGACGAUGAAGUACUGAUUGUGGUCGACUGAUGAUCAGACGAGAGUGACUAUAAUUUUUGUCGGCCAUCAAGCUGCGGAACACGAUCAGCGUUGGGGCUGGAUGGCCGUUCCGAUCAUCGACGCUCUUAUCCUAUGCUGUUGUCAACCACGGUAGGAUGUGUUCGAGUUGCUUUCUAUCUCUUUCUUGAAUGAUCUCCAAUCGUUGUUGUUAUGAAGUCCAACUUCUUCUGGCUUCGGUCUGAGUCUUCUUUCAUCCCCAAAAAACCUCACUUUGAUUCUUCCUGCCUCUUUGAUCAGUCGCACCUUCCUUUCCCCUCAUCGUGCACUUUGCAUGUAGUGUGUUUUUUUUUCCUCAUAUAUAGCAGUUUGUAUUAUGUUUUCCUUCGUUGUCGUCCAUCGUGUUGUUGUAUUAUUGAGUCCAAGUUUCUUUGUUGAUAAGCUUUCUCAUUCCUACCUCUCUGUUUGUUGAACAAUGAAUUAAGAUCUUUUCUCUUCUCUCUACUCUAGCAUCAAUCAUAUGAUUGUAGGUUUGGAGACACUUGCAAACUUAAAAAGUGUAUGCAUCAUCACUUUCUGGA